AUCCUGCAGGAUGCCUCCGGAACCGAAGGAAACGGCUCCGUGCCAAGAGAAGACGAACGAUGAGCAGCAGAUCGAAUCGAGCGAUGAAAACGAAACACCAGCAGUCGCAGAGGAAGAGAUCGAUCUGGAAGGAGCCAGCGACGAAAUUCUCGAACUAAACGAUCGGCUGGAUUCACUCAGCACAGUACUGGACACUAUCGAACAGCAGAACGAUCAUCUACGUGCGCAGAUAAUGCUUCUGCUUUCUUCGCAACGGGAGACGCUGAAAUCGUUCAAGGAGGAAAACAGUCGUAUGGCUGCGAAAGAUGCAGAACCAAACGAUGGUGAUGAACCGAUGCAACAGAGUUAG